AUGUCUCCCGCCCUCUUCCUAUGCCAUCGCUGCAAUGAGCCCCUGAAACUCUUACAGCAGCAGGGGGGGCCCUUGGAAGUCCAGCACCAUGCCAAUCUCCCCACAGAGAUGCCAGUUUCUGGACAGUCCCCGGUCAGGACCUCCCACAGAGCCCACCCUGACGGUGGCAGGACGUGCCAGGGAGGUGCCUGCUGCACCUUUACUCUGCUUGGUGAGUCUGUCUCCGUGAGAACUUUGCACACCGUCCAAAAUACCACCAUAGAGACCUUCGAAAUCCUCUCGGACCAAAAGGUGGUGGACCACCCGCUGUGCGUGGAGUGUACCGACAAUCUUCUGGUGCAACUAGACGACCAACUCACUCUCGUUGCAUCUGACAACCAGAGCUACCAAGGUUUCCUGGAGAGACAGUCGCUGGUGAGUGAGGAGGAGACGGAGGCGCUACACGCGGAGCUACGUGCUGAACUGUCGGGUCUGGAGCAGGAGGAGGCAAGGCUGGUGCAGGAGCUAGAAGACCUCGAUGGCCAUCAUGCAAGGGUAGCCGCCGAACUCAGAGCAGCCCAGGCCGAGAGCAAGGAGCUGUAUCAACAGAAUGAAGAGCACAGGGCCAGCUAUUCUGUUUUGAAGAUGGAACAGCUGGAGCUGACGGACCAGCUGAGCAGUGUGGAGAACCAGCUGCAGUACGCCCUGGGUCAGCUGUGCCACUUAAGAAACACCAGCAUCUUCGACGCCACAUUUACCAUUUCAGAUGACGGUCCCUUGGGCAUGAUCAACAAUUUCAGGCUGGGCUGCCUCCCAGGAGUCCGGGUGGGGUGGACUGAGAUCAAUGCCGCCUGGGGACAGACAGCCUUACUGCUCUUCAGCUUGUCCAAGAUGGCCGGCCUGCAGUUCCAGAGGUAUCAGUUGGUGCCCUUGGGGGACCAUUCCUAUCUCAAGUCCUUGACUGCUGAUGAGGUGCUGCCGCUGUUCUCCGAUGGGAACCACAGCGUCUUCUUGAAUAACACGUUUGACUGUGCGAUGAAGGCCUUCCUGGACUGUCUGCAGCAGUUUGUGGAGGAGACUGAGAAGGACGAGAGAUACCCCUGCCUGCCCUACAGGAUCCAUCCGCUGGAAGGGGAGAUGGAGGACAUCGGAGACAGCGGGGACUGCUGCUCCAUCAGGACCCAUCUGAACACAGAGGAGGAGUGGUCGAGGGCUCUGAAGUUCAUGCUUACGGACCUGAAGUUGAUUGUUGCUUGGGCUUCCUCAAGGUACUGUUAG